UGCGGGUAACCUACCGCUGUACCUGCCGCCGCCGCCGCCGCCGCCGCUUUUCCACUUGCCACACCGUUUGAGCCGCCGCCGGCGGGAGCCGUUUGAGGGCGCGGCGGUACGUGGCCAUGGAAGGGAACGGUGGCGGCGGUAGCGGAAGCGCGCCACCACCUUGGGAUCUCGGGAUGCACUGGGCGCCCACCGGCUCGGCCUGCCCGCAGCCCUUGGUGCCGCGCCCAGGCGGCAGGCCCUGCCACCACCACCAGCAGGAGCUGGCCUGCCUCAAGCUGGGGAAGCGGCCCUGCUGCUGGGCCGGGGCCGGCCUAGUGGCGCAGGCUGGUGCGGGCCUGCAGGUCCACGGCAAUGGCUGCGCCGGCGGUGGGAGUGGAACCGCUGCGGAGGGCAAGAGGAAGGAGAAGGCAGCGGCGGCGGCGGCGGCGACGGCCGUGCCGAGGUGCCAGGUGGAGGGGUGCCACGUGCCGCUAGCGGGCGCGAAGGAGUACCACCGGCGGCACAAGGUGUGCGAGGCGCACUCCAAGGCUCCCAGGGUCGUCGUGCUCGGCGCCGAGCAACGCUUCUGCCAGCAAUGCAGCCGGUUCCACGCCAUCUCGGAGUUCGACGACGCGAAGCGGAGCUGCCGGCGGCGGCUGGCCGGGCACAACGAGCGGCGGCGGAAGAGCAACGCCCACGAGGCCAUGGUCAGGGGCACUGCGCACCCACACGGAAUCAUGUCGUUUGGUCACGGUGGUUUCCCGCAGUGCGGCCUUCCGGCGUCCCCGGCUGGUGCUCUCUCUCUUCUGUCAUCGUCCAGAGGCGGUGCCCCCUGGCUGAUCCCGGCGCCCGACAUCUCCGUCCGCUCCAGCGCGGCGCUCGACGAGCUCAUCGCUGAGAACCGCGCCGCCCUUCUCGCGUGCCAGUUCCUCUCCGGCCGGCCGGCCCCGUCGGCGGGCCGUGUCCUACCACCCGAGGUGGCUGGCUGGCACGCGCACCUCCAGCUCCAGGCCCAUCCGGGAGGCGGCCGCGCGGACGGCGGGUGCAACGAGGCGCCGAGCACGGGGCACACGACGCUCGACUUCAUGCAGGCACCCACCGCUUCAUCUGGCGCGCCGUUCCGGCCUGUGCCGGAGAGGGCCGCGAGAGCCCCGAAGAAGGACGGCGACGCGGGGUGCAGUUCGGACGCGUGGGCGUCCGCGGAGGGAGCCCGCGUGGUGUGAGCCGGCAUGCGCGUUGCACGCUGCAGCCCAGACGUGCUCCGCGCGGCGACGUUUCGUCGCAACGUCACGUCGCGUCCGUGCGUACCCGCGCCGUACGCGGUUCGGUCCCAGGCUCCCCAGCAGCUAGCGAGGGCGCGGCUGGAGCGUUGGUCGUUGUGUCCGUGCAAUCACCUUGCGAUGGACCAUUACCGUUUCGUCCUGCAGUGUCUGGCCGGUGUGCUCCUUGUUCCCCAGGGGACGUGCAAUCCAAUGUACUGCUCACUCCACUAGCUAGUGGUUAUGUUUCGCUCUGCUCUCUGAAUUAA